CACUAAACAAUAUAUUAUUCGUAAAAUCCCAAUCUAAAUUCCUUUAUCCCAGCUUAAAAUUCGUUUCAUGGCCCUUUAACUGAUCAACUUUUUACCAUACUGGCGAUGUAGCAGAAAAAAGAAAUAUGUUUCAUAAUACCUUCCAACUUUUACGUCAGAUAGUGCGAGCUGGCACCCAUUACUAGACACGCAGGUAUUCCGUUUCCUAAUUCGUUUGUCACUGUGUUCAUGAAAUUGCAAAAUCCUGGGUGUGCCUUGUGUGUUAUCCUCGUUGCUGUCUGGUUAGCUUGAUGCAGUUGGAGGCUGCACUUGCUUUGUUUCUAAUUACUGUCAUUGCUUUUUGUGUUUAUUCGUAGGCAUCUCAGCUGUUCCCGUAUGUCCCUCGUUACCUUUUGAGCAUCUUCAGGAACCUGACUGCGGGCAGCAAUUCGUAUGGAACUCGUGCAGCCUUCAGGUCAUAGUGAUGGAGCAGCACUGCAUGGGGAGUCCUGCUGCCCACUGAAAGCCACCGAGGACAUCUGGUUUAAAUGCUGCUUCUGCACCUAUGUCACUAGAGACCACAAUGAAAUCAUGAGCCAUCUGGUUUCCCAUGGUAGUGAACAACUCAACCCUGCUGGAAAACCUUAUAAGUGCAAGCAGUGCCCUCAAGCCUUUGCUCAGAGUAUGCAUCUGGCCCGCCAUAAUCGAACACACAGUGGUGAGAAACCUCAUAAGUGCAAGCUGUGUCCCCUAGCCUUUGCUCAAAUUGUCACUCUGACCUGGCAUAAUCAAACACACAAAGGUGAAAGGCCAUACAAGUGCAAGGUGUGUCCCAAAGCUUUCGCUUUCAUUUCCGCUCUGAGAACACAUAAUCGAACACACACAGGUGAAAAGCCAUUCAAGUGCAAGCUUUGCCCCCAAGCCUUUGCUCACAAUGGCAGUCUGACCGCUCACAAUCGAACACACACAGGUGAAAAGCUAUUCCAUUGCAAGCUUUGCCCCAAAGCCUUUGCUCAGAAUAGCCACCUGAGCCGCCAUAAUCUAACACACACAGGUGAAAGACCAUACAGGUGCAAGCUUUGUCCCCUAGCCUUUUCUCAGAGUAACACUCUGACCCGCCAUAAUCGAACACACACUGGUGAAAGGUCAUACAAGUGCAAUCAGUGCACCCGAUCCUUUACUUGCAAAAGCAGUCUUAUCCGCCACAACCUAACACACAGUGAUGAAAAGCCUUAUAAGUGCAAGCUUUGUCCCCAAGCCUUUACUCAGAAUUGCCAUCUAACCUGCCAUAAUCGAACCCACACAGGUGAUAAAGCUUUACUGUAAAGGGGAUCAUACGCUUUGCUCAUUUCAAGUUCUUUUGCGCCUGCUCUGGGUGUGGUACUUUAAGGUGGUUGAAUAUGUU